UCGAUUCGAGGAAGAGCUACAAGCCAAGAAUGUGCCAUUGUCCCCCAACCAGCUGGCAGAGCUGUAUGAGGACACAAGACCAGCCAUCAUGCAAAGUCUCGUAAACGAGAUCAACUCCAAACAGAAUCUAUGGACGGCGUCCACUGACCAAGAGAGAUUCUACGGUAGGCUGAAGCUUUGCGGAACACUCCAUGAGGGGACUGAGGGGCUCGAGGAGAAGGUCUAUCCACCAGGGGAGCUCGCUGACAUUCCGAGUAGCUUCGAUGCCCGCGAUGCCUUCAAGGAGUGCAAGGACGUCAUCGGUCAUGUCUGGGAUCAGUCGGCUUGUGCAAGCUGCUGGGCGAUUGCGCCAGUUCAGGCAUUCAGCGCCCGUCUUUGCAUCAAAUCGGGGGGGAAGUUCAACCAACUACUCUCUGCUGGCGAGUUGCUCGCUUGUUGUAACUUGGCGCACUCUUGCGAAGCUCGCGGCUGUAAGGGCGGCGUAGCCCGCGAUGCUUGGGUCUUCCUCAACAAGCACGGCAUCGCCACCGGUGGAGAUUUCGUUCCAAAAAGUAGCAUGGAAGCAGUCGAUGGCUGUUGGCCGUACAACUUCCCAAGAUGUGCUCACUAUCAGAAAAAGUCGAAAUAUGGGCCGUGUCCAAAGAAAUCCUACGAAACACCUUCGUGCUUGGACCGCUGUCCCAAUGAGAAAUACGGAACUCCGCUGGACAAAGAUCGUCACUUCACCGCACGUGCCGUACCCUACUGGUUCAAUGGAAUACGCAGUAUCAAGAAAGAGAUCAUGAAGCAUGGCCCAACCUCGGCUUCAUUCUUUACGUAUGAAGACUUCUUUUCCUACAAGUCUGGUGUCUACAAGUAUACGAGUGGCGCAUAUGUUGAGUUUCAUACUGUUGAACUCAUCGGUUGGGGUACCGAGAAGGGAGUUGAUUACUGGUUGGCCAAGAAUGACUGGAAUGAAGAAUGGGCUGACCUUGGCACCUUCAAAAUAGCCCAAGGGGAUUGUGGCAUAAACGACUUGGUCCUCGGGGCACCUGCAGCCCUGAAUUGA